UAUUCGGGGAAUGAAUGGAAUUGGUGAGGUGGAGUGGUGUGUGCAGGCUGGUGCUGAUCCGAGGUGCUUGUGGUAGUUCAAGACUCAGUAGAUUGCCAAGUUCGGGUCCUCGUACUGUGUGAGUGCAAGAGAGGGAGGAGGUAGGGAGGUAGGGAAAGAGAGAUAGAGAGAACAGUGGUGUUGUUUCCGUGGUGUGAUUGGAGUGUUGCUGUUGCGAAUGUGGGUUCUGUUUGAUGAUUUCUAUCUAAUUAGUGAGGAGAAGGAAACGUGCUCUAGAUAUGGGGGAGAUACGGGGACCCUGCCGUCAGCGGAAGCAUAUGUUAGGUAUUUGUGCGGCAGGUUGAAAACUAUGUGUGGUCAAGACGUUGCUGCGAAGGCGUUCUCUGGUAUGUAGUGGAGCACGCCGUGAGUCAAUUUUGGCCGUAAUGGUGUGUUUUGGCUUUACAGGUGGAGUCCUGGAGUUUCGAGAUUCUGUGAAAAUUUUCUUUUCCUAACGUCGGGCAAUUGAAGCUUUUCGGCUACCUUUCUGCUACCGGAUCUCGGAGUUGGUUCGUGCACUUGAGCCUUGGAUGCAGGAGGGGCUGCACGACAGCUAUGAUGCUAUCGCGGAUCCAAAAGAAGAUUCUUCAAACCUAAAUUUUUUGAGUAAUUUAGCAAGAUGUCGACUCCCAAGAAGACAUACUCCUCAACAAGCUCAGCAAAGUCCAAGGCGCAUAGUGUGAGGGUCGCCCAAACAACCGCAGAUGCAGCACUUCAAGCUGUGUUCGAAAAGUCCGGAGAUUCUGGAGAUUCAUUCGAUUAUUCAAAAUCUGUCAGCAAAUCAACAGCUGAGUCGCUUCCUUCAGGGGCAGUGACGGCCUACCUUCAGCGUAUGCAGAGGGGAGGUCUCACUCAAAGUUUCGGGUGUAUGAUAGCAGUUGAAGGAACAGGAUUUCGUGUGAUAGCGUACAGUGAAAAUGCACCCGAGAUUCUAGACCUGGUGCCACAGGCCGUUCCAAGCGUGGGGGAGAUGGACACGCUACGAAUCGGGACGGAUGUGAGAACGCUGUUCACAGCUUCAAGUGUCGCCUCUCUUGAGAAGGCAGCUGAAGCACAAGAAAUGAGCCUACUCAAUCCAAUCACCGUUAACUGCAGAAGAUCUGGGAAGCAAUUAUAUGCCAUUGCUCAUCGCAUUGACAUAGGUAUAGUGAUCGACUUUGAGGCAGUAAAAACAGACGAUCAUUUAGUUUCAGCUGCUGGUGCACUGCAAUCUCAUAAGCUUGCAGCCAAGGCAAUCACACGGCUUCAAGCAUUACCUGGAGGUGACAUAGGAUUGCUCUGUGACACUGUUGUCGAAGAGGUUCGGGAGCUCACUGGUUAUGACAGGGUAAUGGCUUAUAGAUUUCAUGAGGAUGAGCAUGGAGAGGUUGUGGCUGAGAUACGUCGCGCGGAUCUUGAGCCUUACUUAGGUCUUCAUUAUCCGGGCACUGAUAUUCCCCAGGCGUCCCGGUUUCUGUUUAUGAAGAACAAGGUGCGGAUAAUUGCUGAUUGUUCCGCACCUCCAGUGAAAGUUAUACAAGAUCCAACCUUGAGGCAGCCGGUCAGCUUGGCAGGUUCGACUUUACGUUCUCCUCACGGAUGCCAUGCCCAGUACAUGGGCAAUAUGGGGUCCAUUGCGUCCCUAGUCAUGGCUGUGAUCAUCAACGAUAACGAGGAAGAUUCGCAUGGCUCAGUCCAAAGAGGUAGAAAGCUAUGGGGACUUGUAGUGUGUCAUCAUACAUCUCCACGAACUGUACCGUUUCCCCUUCGGUCCGCGUGUGGGUUUUUGAUGCAGGUGUUCGGAUUACAGCUUAACAUGGAGGUCGAGUUAGCCGCUCAGCUAAGGGAAAAACAUAUUCUCAGAACUCAAACUCUACUUUGCGACAUGCUUCUUCGAGAUGCUCCUAUUGGUAUUGUUUCUCAGAUUCCAAAUAUUAUGGACCUUGUGAAAUGCGAUGGAGCUGCUCUUUAUUAUGGGAAGCGAUUCUGGCUUCUGGGUACGACUCCUACUGAGAGUCAGAUUAAAGAUAUUGCAGAAUGGUUGCUAGAAUACCACAAGGACUCAACAGGUCUGAGUACUGAUAGUUUAGCGGAUGCCAAUUAUCCAGCCGCACACCUGCUCGGGGAUGCUGUGUGUGGUAUGGCAGCUGCGAAGAUCACUGCGAAGGAUUUUCUUUUUUGGUUCAGGUCUCAUACUGCUAAAGAGAUUAAGUGGGGUGGUGCUAAACACGAUCCAGGCGAAAAGGACGAUGGUCGAAAAAUGCACCCUAGAAGCUCUUUUAAAGCCUUUUUGGAGGUCGUGAAGCGACGAAGUCUACCCUGGGAAGAUGUAGAAAUGGAUGCUAUACAUUCUCUUCAGCUCAUUCUGCGUGGAUCCUUUCAAGAUAUUGAUGACAGCGAUACGAAGACUAUGAUUCAUGCACGCCUGAAUGACUUGAAGCUUCAUGACAUGGAUGAGCUCAGCGUAGUGGCGAAUGAAAUGGUACGCUUGAUAGAAACUGCAACUGCUCCGAUACUGGCAGUUGAUUCAAACGGGAUGAUCAAUGGCUGGAAUGCAAAAAUAGCCCAGGUAACAGGACUUCCCGUUAGUGAGGCCAUGGGUAGAUCCUUGGUGAAAGAUCUCGUUACGGAUGAGUCAGUGGCGGUUGUCGAGAGAUUACUUUAUCUGGCACUGCGAGGUGAGGAAGAACAGAAUGUGGAAAUCAAGUUGAAGACCUUUGGCACUCAGACUGAAAAAGGAGUGGUUAUUCUGAUUGUUAACGCCUGCUCGAGUAGAGACGUUUCGGAGAAUGUUGUUGGUGUUUGCUUUGUGGGUCAGGAUGUGACUGGGCAAAAAAUGUUCAUGGACAAGUUUACUCGUAUACAGGGUGAUUACAAGACUAUAGUCCAGAAUCCUCACCCCCUCAUUCCUCCUAUUUUUGGUGCUGACGAAUUUGGGUACUGUUUCGAGUGGAAUCCAGCCAUGGAGGGCUUGACUGGUUGGAAAAAAGACGAGGUGGUCGGAAAACUCCUUGUGGGAGAAAUCUUCGGCAUGCAAAUGAUGUGUUGUCGGAUGAAGAGCCAAGAUGCCAUGACGAAAUUCAUGAUAGCAUUGAACACAGCUAUGGACGGCCAAAGUACAGAUAAAUUUACUUUCUCCUUUUUCGAUCGAGAAGGGAAAUACGUUGACGUUCUACUCUCCACCAAUAAACGUACCAAUGCUGAUGGAGUCAUAACUGGCGUGUUUUGCUUCUUACAAAUUGCAAGUUCGGAGCUACAACAGGCUCUCAAAGUACAACGGGCUACGGAGAAGGUCGCAGUAGCUAAGCUGAAGGAACUUGCAUAUAUUCGUCAGGAGAUUAAAAAUCCACUAUGUGGCAUUACAUUCACACGACAAUUGUUAGAAGAUACUGAUCUAUCAGACGAUCAGCAGCAGUUUCUAGACACGAGUGCCGUAUGUGAGCAGCAGUUACAAAAAGUUCUGAAUGACAUGGAUUUGGAGAGUAUCGAAGACGGGUACUUGGAGUUGGAUACUGCCGAGUUCGAGAUGGGCACAGUGAUGAACGCCGUCAUCAGUCAAGGUAUGACAACAUCCCGUGAGAAGGGGCUUCAGAUUUUUCGAGAGACACCUCGAGAAAUAAAUACAAUGCGUCUGCUUGGAGAUCAGAUUCGGCUCCAGCAAGUUCUUUCUGAUUUUCUAUUAAACACAGUGCGAUUUACGCCUUCACCUGAAGGUUGGGUCAAAAUCAAGGUGGUCCCCACUAGGAAACGUCUUGGCGGGAGUGUGCAUGUCGUGCAUUUAGAAUUCAGGGUAAGUCAUCCUGGAGCUGGGCUUCCUGAAGAGCUUGUGUUGGAGAUGUAUGAUAGAGGCAAAGGCAUGACUCAAGAAGGACUAGGUUUGAACAUGUGUCGGAAGCUCGUUAGGUUGAUGAAUGGGGAUGUUCAUUACGUACGGGAAGCUAUGCAGUGUUAUUUUGUUGUAAAUGUGGAGCUCCCAAUGGCUCAGCGGGAUGAUGCUUCAAGUCAAAUGUAGGAGUUUAUACUCCCUAUUUGCUUGCUUAGAUACUCUUAUAGGUGGUUCUUUGGGACCUCUCUCUAGUAACGAGAGAGUUUAAGGGUGAAAGUAGAGAAGUUUGACUUUACUUUUUUAGAUGUCCAGUUCAACUUUACUUAGGUGUCUCCAAAUGAGACAAUCUUGCCUCUAAGCCCGGCAAAUCAAAGUGCCUACGUUGAUACACAAGCUAUCCUUUUGAGGGAAUUAGCUAUGUCGUCUACGAUGUACAGCAAUUUCCUUUUCUUGCAAAUUCAGUUCAACUCCUUUUCACGGUUUGCAUUGAAGCGCUUCAAUUUUUGGAAACCUGGAGUUGACACUUGUUUUCCA